AGGCCUUUUCUCUCAUUCUAGCCGUCAUGGAGUCCAUUGUUGUCCUCUUGUUCGCCGUCUGUAACUCGUAUGGACUACUAAGUCUUCUCCAAGAGCGACCGCAAUUCACUCAGCCGAACGGGUUCAUCAAGCUACUUUUGCAAACUCCGCAUGCCUUCAAGAGUGGCGGAGAAUUUGAGCAUCAAGGGAAGCUUUCACUUCCCCCUUCGGUCGAUACCUUCAACCUACAGCCUGGGGAUCCCAGCCACAUGAACAUGUACUAUGAACAGUCCCCCGUCGGUGUUUUUGGACUCGGGCAGGAAAUUCCUGGUGUUUUUAGAUUCGGUCUCUUGGACAGGCUCGUUCAGACUGGUCAAAUUGACAGCCGGUCGUUUAGCCUUUCACUGACCCACGAAAGCUCGCGAGACCCGGGAGUCGUAAUUGAAGGCAAGUUUCACAAAACUACAAAUGAAGAUGCAUGGAACGUGAAAGAUCUCACAGGUCGCGCAGGUUCUCUCACCCUCGGCGGCAUAGAUGUCGGAAAGUACUACGGGCCCAUGAACCAUGUCCGUCUUCUUGAGGACCCAACGCACCAACAUUCCACGUCAUACUGUGUUUCUCUGGCCAAGCUUCAGAUUCUCGUUUCGGACUCGGAUUCCAUGGUGGCUCUGGCCAACGACGAUCGUCCGGCGUGUUUCAACACGAGAAACAGACUGACGCGGUUUCCUGCCGAGGCCUUCGAUGUCAUCCUGGGUAUUUUUGACCCGUAUUCCCUGCCGAAAGCAGGACGUGAUGGAGAGGUUCUCUACAGCUUGCCGUGUAGCUUUGAUGGAGCCGAGUAUAUCCGGUUUGGCUUCGGUGGUGCGGGUGACUUAUCAGCUUUCGACAUUGACGUCGCCAUUGAGGAUCUGAUCUUGGACCCUGUCACAGAUGCUGAGUCCCAAGGCGCAUGCCUUCUGGGAAUUUCUCGAGGAGAUGCAAGCACAGACUUCAUUCUCGGUGAAACGUUUCUUGCUGCCGUCACAGGUAUCAUUCCUCCCCUCCGAGCUAUUGCUAGGAUGCAGGCUAAGGAACAGCAGCCGUGUUUGACGUGGAUACGAAGGCCGUUUACCUUGCGCCCUAUGCUGACUGCGGCACUGACGUGGUCGCUUGGGGACCGAAUACCAUCGACGAGUGGGCUUAUGGUUCGUGCGAACCUCCUCUAG